CUUCGCAGCCCCGCCGGAUAUCAUCGUGAACAAGCGGAUUCACUGUCGCUACUUUUCUGGUUAUUACAGAACUCACACAAACAUUAAUACUAUACUUCGAGCUCUAUCUCUUGUUUCUGCUUCUGUAUUAGGGAUUUCAGUUAAUUAUCUCUUUGAUGGAUUCUUUGCUAGCGAAUUACGCGUCCUCAGAUGAGGAUCAAGAACAGGAAAAUCAGCAACAGCAGAAGCCAAAACUACCAGGAAAAUCUGUGGAUCUUCAAAAAAUGAAGGUAGAAGAUGGAGAAAAUGAUUUUUUAUCAAAACCAUCCAGGAAAAUCUCCGAUUCCCUCCCACCUCCGAAAUCGUCUCUCUUUAAUUCACUACCUCCUCCCAAAUCCCACCUCGCACAGACCCCAUCUGAUUUCAAGGAACCCUCUGUGCCAAUACCCCAACCGCAAUUUAAACGAGAGGAACUAGAUGAAAUCCCAGAAAGUAGGAACCCUAAAUCGUCUUCUACUUCUUUGUUUUCUUCGCUUCCUCAACCCAAAUCGUCAUCGUCGUCAUUUUCUUCUUCUCUAUUUUCUUCACUUCCGCCACCAAAAUCUGGUAUCUUAGAAGCCCCUCAAAUCCUCCCAAAUAUGACUUCAACUGCUUCGUUUGAUUCUAGUUCGAAAAGGGUUGUUAAAUUUAGGCCUCCGCCAAUUGUGAAUCCUAUUUCGAAUAAAUCUAAGGAUGAUGAGGAGGAUUCUGAUGAGGACGAGAAAGAAAAACAAAGAAAAAUGUCAAAAGAGUCUGUUUCUACUUCAUCUGUGAAGUCAUUUUUAUCAAGUAUUCCUGCACCCAAGAACUCGACUACAUUGGGUUCUUUACAUUCAGCUUCGGGUACUGGUAGGAGAUCUAUGCUUGAAACUGAUGGUUCAGCAUCAAAUUUAAAUAGCGUUGGUACCAUGGGAAGUGAUGCGGAUGUGAAAUCCAGUAUAGGAUAUUCAGAAAAUCAGUCUGGUGAUGGGUCAUCGUUGAGUUAUGAUCAUUCUAAUUGGAAUUCCGGGGGUGACAGCUAUGCAAAUUAUGAUGGCUACGGUGCUGGUUAUCAUGAUAGUGUUGGAACUGGUGAAGGUGUUCAUUAUUCGAAUUGGAAUGGGCAAACUGGGGAUUAUGCAAAUUAUGGUGCGGGUUAUGGGGAUCAUGGACAGUAUGAGAGUAACUGGAUUGAUGGAUCCGGUUCAACUGCAGUGGGCGAGGGAUCAGGAUUGGCUGAAAGUGGGUUUCAAGUGCCUGGCAAGAGGGGUAGGAAUGAUGCUCCAGAGCAGAUUGUUGAGGUGAAGCAGGAUGAGUUGUUGAAAAAUCGGCCGAGGGAAGACCAAGCCAAAUUAACUGGGAUUGCUUUCGGCCCUGCAUACAAGCCUGCUUCAACCAAGGGUAAGCCUACAAAGCUGCAUAAAAGAAAGCAUCAAAUUGGUUCCUUACUAUACGAUCUGAGACAGAAAGAGAUGGAGCUUGCAGAGCGACGUUCCAAAGGUUUUCUUACUAAAGCACAAACACAAGCAAAAUAUGGGUGGUAAGAUGGGGGCGGCAGUGACCUUUCUUGUGUUUCGUGACUGUAAAAUAACUUAAGUUGGCAACAAUAGUUUCAUUUUCAUUUUCCUUUCUCCAACUAUAUUUUCAUGCACUUACGAUUCUGUAUCUUGUUGCAAUAAUUGUAUUGGGUUAAUAUUCGAACAGUUACUGUUUUGAGUCUCAUCUUCUCUGCAGCACUGAAACAGUUAUUGCUUUGCUUUGGUCUGUUAAAACUUGCUUGAUUUUGAGUAACAA